AUGUCUUUUCUGAAUUCAUCAUCAAAGGGCAAUACUUUCGGAAAUGAUGUUUCAUCAUCCCCACAACAGAAACACCAUCAUUCUAUUCACUCAAUCCAGAACAAUCCUUUGAUGAAAAAUGCUGCUACAAAACGAGAGCUAUCUCCUUCUUCGUAUAAAAAGAAUUUGGACGUUUUUCAUAUCAAUGCUCAAGCAUCAUCAUCAUCGCUGCCUUUCAACGGAGGCGAUGACCAUCCAUUGUUUGAUAUCACCCGAUCUAAACAUUCAAAUUUAUCUUCCAUCAAUAAUAUUCAUCAAUUUAAUAGUAGCUCCCUAACACAAGGGUUACCAAAACAACCUUUGACUCUUGGAAUUGAAUCUAUUACACCUAAUACAGAGAGCCUGAUUCAAUCUUCAAGAACUUCUUGUUACGCACAUAGAAAGCCUAUCAUAGCUUGGAAGCCCUUGUCUCAGGAAGAAAAGGAAGCCCUUACAAAGAAUGUGUCCAACAAGGACUCAGUGGAAGAGGAGAAUUCUCAACAAACCUUAAACGAAAAUCUAUCAACAACAAAUUCAGGUGUUGUUGAUAUUUCUAAUUUUAUGGCCUCACGAAAGAGGCUGAAAAUGAAUCACUUAACACGACCGACAAAUGAUUUCCAAUUUAAGCCAAUCACCACCAAUUCAAUAUUUUCAAAUAAUAACGUGUCUUUACAAAAUGAAGUCUCUAAUUCGCGAUUUAGUGUAUCACACUCGACGAAUAAUUUGUCCAUUAAUUUGAAUAAGGUUGCUUCCACAACAACACUUCCAGAGCGAGUUUCUUUGCUUUUACAAAACACACGAAAACCAGUAUUGGAAACAAUUGAAACCGGCUCUACAAAUACUUCAUUUACUAAAGAGUCUUCAAAACCAACUGUGGAUUCAAUAGCAGCUAAAUGGCAACAAUAUUAUGGUAAUUAUCCAAAGAAUCAAUCGUCCAACAGUACGAGUACAGAUCCUUCAUCCCUCCAAACUAGACACAAUACUUCCUCUAUUUCUACAACAUCAAAAACAGGAAAUUCGUUGCUAGUCACCAAAUCCUUAUUUCAAAAUAAUGGUAACAAUUCAAACCUAUUGAACAAUUCUUUUCGAUCCAAUACUGAGAAUAAUUCGAAUAUUUCUUCAUUAACCUCGUCUAGCAUGUUAAAUCAGUCUUCUAUAGUUCCUUCCAUUCCUUUUUCACAACCUGUAAAGAUCUCAACCAUUUUACCUUCACCAGCAAAAAUGAACAUUCCCACCCGUGAAUCCAUGUACAACAUUCAACCCUUGGCAUCCCAGCAUAUUCCAGCAGAUGUUUUAAACAUCUCUACAAAUCUAAAUAGCAGUAUUUUGGACAAUACUGGACAACUUGAAUCCGACGAAGCCUUUGAAGUAUCUGGCAUUGAGAAUUCAACUUUAAAUUCUUCAAAUAUUUUAGCCAACAUUCAAUCUACAAAAUCUUCAAAAGUUAGUAAGCUCAAUACUACUUCAUCUGGAAAAUUUUCAGAAAAGCUUGUUGCAUCUGGAAAGCAAUUUCAACAAAUUCGAAAGAAUAAGGAGGAAUUAAUUUUGUUUCAAACUGUUUUUUAUCAAAUUCACUAUAUAGUUGCUAAGGUCAUAGAUAGCUUUGAAAAACAAAAAGAAAAGAUGGAACAACAGCUCUAUAGUGCUUGGUGUCUCAUUCAAGAGCGAAAGAAAACACUUCACGACAGAAAAGAAUGUCUUUAUAAGAAGCAAUCAAGUGCUAAAUUGCAUGAACUUUUGAAUUUCAGUUUCAAUCAAAAUUCCAUUGACGAGCUUCUACCUAGUUUGGAUCAUUAUUUUGAAGUUUAUGGAAUAAUGAAUUCUGAGUUGAGACAAUCUUUGAAUUGCAUUGCCCUAUCUGAUGAUAUUGAUGUAUCUACUCCUGAACACUCCAGAUCUGGGUUGGAAAAUGGUAAUGAAAUUGCAGCUUGCUUGGACAAGAGUGAUCAAAUUUUACAAUCAUUGUGUACUGAAAUGUAUGAUCUAAUGGAACAUAUAUCUAAUAUGAAGACUCAAUUUUCUAGAUUGGGAAGCAUUGUUAAUCAAACUGCUUCGGAAAUUUCCGAAUUAUCCAACAAUCAAAUACCCCAUCUUUCCAAUAUUGAAUCAGAGCAUACCUCUCUGAUGUACCAAAAAGUACAAGGAAAUGUAAAGCCAAGAAGCGAUAACCCUUUCUCUUUCGACACUCUUAGAGAGUCACUUGGACUAUAA